CAUGGCGGCUGCCAGUGAAGUAGAACUUUAAUCAAAUUUUUCUCCAGUUGAUCGAGCAGCGAAGCCAGCUAGCUACACCAGCUACACCCUAAACACAUAUUUAUGCAUUCAAACAAGCUUUACGUCCAAAUGCCGUACGAAGAAAUCACCCUGGGAGCAGUGGGAAAAGAUCGAAGGAGCGGUGAAAACAAAACUCGUUCAAGAACAAACGCCAAUUCAGGUGAAGGAAGUUCAAACAUGGACGAAGUUCCAUUAAUGAUUGAAGAGGAUUUCGAUUAUGAUGAUGACGAUUAUCUUUCCGAAGGAUACGGGUCUACAGCUGAGGAUUCGGGGACGCCAAGGAAUCGAAGGAAACGGAAAGGAAAAAAGAGUCUUGGCUCGAAAUGCUGGUGGUUCUGUUGUGGCGGAUGGAAGACUUGCUGUGGAAGUUGUUUGGAAAGUAUUGGAAAUAAAAUCAUGGGUAGAAUUGAAAUGAAAGCAAGAAYGGUUGUUCUUGGAAAAGAGUCUGCCACCCAAAAAUUUCCUGCAAAUGUCAUCAGAAAUCAAAAGUAUAACAUCAUCACAUUCAUUCCUUUGGUUCUUUUCAAUCAGUUCAAGUUUUUUCUUAAUCUUUACUUCUUGGUGGUAGCCUUGUCACAAUUUGUUCCUGAAAUGAAGAUAGGAUACUUGUAUACCUACUGGGGACCUCUUGGAUUUGUUUUAGCUGUUACCAUGUGUCGUGAGGGAUAUGAUGACUUUCUCAGAUACAGAAGGGACAAAGAGCUCAACUCUACUAUGUACAGUAAACUAACUAAAAGAGGAGUAACAAGAGUUCCUAGUUCUGCUAUUAAAGUAUCAGAUCUUAUCAUUGUAGAAAAGGACCAGCGUGUUCCAGCUGACAUGAUCUUUCUAAGAACUUCAGAGAAAACGGGUUCUUGUUUUCUAAGAACUGAUCAACUUGAUGGAGAAACUGAUUGGAAGCUUAGAUUGACAGUGUCUGCCUGCCAAAGACUACCUACUGAUCAGGACCUGCUAAACAUAAGUGCCUCUGUUUAUGCUGAGAAGCCACAGAAGGAUAUUCAUAACUUUAUUGGUACAUUUACUAGGUACGAUGGAGAGCGGGCAGAGAUUCCAUUAAGUAUUGAAAAUACAUUAUGGUCCAAUACAGUGGUAGCUUCUGGUACAGCUCUUGGUGUAGUGGUGUACACUGGAGUAGAAACAAGAAGCGUCAUGAACACAUCUAAUCCACAAUCAAAGAUUGGUCUGAUUGACAUGGAGCUGAACAAUCUCACUAAAGUACUAUUUAUGGCAACCAUUUUAUUAUCUCUCGUCAUGAUCGCCCUUAAGGGUUUCAAUGGACCUUGGUAUCGUUACUUUUUCCGCUUCAUUCUCCUUUUCUCUUACAUCAUUCCUCUAAGCUUAAGGGUCAGUCUGGAUAUGGGUAAAGUAGUGUAUUCCUGGAUGAUAGCACAUGAUAAAGAGAUAGCAGGUACCGUGGUGAGAAGUAGCACAAUACCAGAAGAACUGGGAAGAAUUGGUUAUCUAUUAACCGACAAGACAGGAACAUUAACACAGAAUGAAAUGGUUUUUAAGCGACUCCAUCUUGGAACAGUAUCUUUCGGAGAAGACUCCAUGGAUGAGGUCAAAGUGCAUUUACAGAACGCCUACUCUCAAGGAGCAGCAAAAAAAGCAGCUGCUAGUGUCUCCAAGGUUCGUCGCACGAUUGUGUCACGUGUUCAAGAGGCAUUAAAAGCGAUUGUGUUAUGCCAUAAUGUUACUCCAGUCGCCGAUAAUGGUGAUCGCAAAAAACCGCGAGUAAACUCGGCAGCAAGUGAGGAUAGUGAAUUACAGAUCUUUAGUGCUCCAGAUUCUGAACGCAUCCCGAGAAGAAAAAGCGAAAUAACAUAUCAGGCAUCAAGUCCUGACGAGGUUGCCUUGGUUACAUGGUCAGAAGAGGUUGGCCUAACGUUGGUUCAUCGUGAUCUAUCUACCAUGCGCAUCAGGACCCCCACGGGAGAGAUUUUGGUGUACAACAUUCUUCAAAUCUUUCCUUUCACUUCAGAAACGAAGAGGAUGGGGAUUAUAGUCAAGGAACAAUCUACUGGGGAAAUAACUUUCUACAUGAAGGGAGCAGACGUCGUGAUGAAUAACAUUGUGCAGUACAAUGACUGGCUGGAGGAAGAGUGUGGUAACAUGGGUCGUGAAGGUCUUCGUACUCUUGUCGUCGCCAAGAAAAUAUUAACCGAAGAACAGUACCAGGAUUUUGAGCAUCGAUACUCUCAGGCCAAGUUAAAUAUCGCUGACAGGGCUGCCAAAGUUGCUGCAGUACAAGAGACUCUUGAACAUGACUUAGAACUGCUUUGCCUCACAGGCGUCGAGGACAAAUUACAGACUGAUGUUCGUCCAACUUUAGAGUUAUUACGAAAUGCAGGAAUCAGGAUUUGGAUGUUGACAGGCGAUAAGUUAGAGACAGCCACGUGUAUCGCCCAGRGCUCUCGUCUCGUCUCUCGCAACCAAAGUAUCUACACUUUCAAGCAAGUUACUUCUCGUAGCGAUGUUCAUUUAGAAUUAAAUUCCUUUCGACGUAAGAAUGAUUGCGCUUUGGUCAUUAAAGGAGAUUCUGUUGAGGCUUGUUUUACGCAUUAUGAGCAAGAGUUCAUGGAACUCGCUUGUCAUUGUCCAGCAGUCGUCUGUUGUCGCUGUUCUCCACAACAAAAAGCAGAUAUCGUACGACUGGUUAAAAAACACACUGGAAAAAGGACUUGUGCAAUAGGUGACGGAGGAAAUGACGUCAGUAUGAUUCAAGCAGCAAAUGCUGGUAUUGGAAUCGAGGGCAAGGAAGGACGACAAGCAUCGCUAGCUUCAGAUUUCUCGAUAACACAGUUUAAGAAUGUCGGCAGGUUGUUGGUCUGGCAUGGACGAAACAGCUACAAGCGAUCCGCAUCUCUAAGCCAGUUCGUUAUUCAUCGUGGAUUAAUCAUCUCGGUGAUGCAGGCUGUAUUUUCUUGUGUGUUCUAUUUUUCAUCAGUUUCUCUUUAUCAAGGUUUUCUAAUGGUUGGCUAUGCCACGAUCUACACAAUGUUUCCAGUCUUCUCUCUGGUCCUGGACGUCGAUGUCUCUGCUGACAAGGCUUUACUAUAUCCUGAACUUUACAAAGACUUAACCAAGGGUCGUUCAUUGUCGUAUAAAACUUUCUUCGUGUGGGUACUAGUAUCAAUAUACCAAGGUGCCAUCAUCAUGUUUGGUGGUCUUCUACUCUUCGACGAGGAGUUCAUCCAUGUUGUUUCCAUCACUUUUACUGCUCUGAUCCUGACAGAGUUGUUAAUGGUUGCUCUCACUAUUAGAACUUGGCAUUGGUUAAUGGUCGUCGCUGAAAUCUUAAGUUUAGGAAUUUACGUCGCAUCACUAUUUCUGCUUCGAAAUUAUUUUGAUGCGUCGUUUUUAAAGUCAACGGACUUUAUAUGGAAAGUCGUUGUAAUCACCCUCGUUAGCUGUUUACCGCUCUAUAUUCUCAAGUUCUUGCGCAAAAAAUAUGCUCCUCCAAGUUACUCCAAACUGACCUAGAUUCUCCUCUACUCGUCUUUGACGUGGUUCUUUGGGCUUCCUGUGUUUUUCCGCUAAUUAUUACACCUCUUUUCUCAUGACGUCAUUAGUGCUAGGAAAAGAAUCGUUUGUUCUUUCAUAGUUGACUAUGGUUCUUUGGACUGGACAAAACUCAAAUAAUAUGAAGUUUUGAGAUCCAGUAAGACGACAUUGGACUAAUACGGGCUUCAUAUUAGGGGAUGUGACGUCAACACAGGAACUCAUGACUCUGUCUAAACAAAAAUUGGACUAAAGAUGAAACAAAGGAACAACAGCUUGACUUGACUUUUUCUAUACCUACAAGCUUUGUUUAGUUUUACAGAAUAAGAGUUAGAUAUCAUUUGAGUGAAGUAGUAAAAUCAGAUCAAAAUAACAAUUAAAAAAUAACCGUUAGCUUUGUAAUAAAUUGUCUUCAAGGUAUCAAUAAGGUAUCAGUUAACUAUCGUAAAAUGUAGUUUAAAUCAAUCCUAAAUUUUACUACCAGACAGUAUUAUAUAACAAAACUGAAGAAUUAGUUUAUGGAGUCAGUGUUUAGGAUUUAAUAGAAGAACAGGACUGGUUCUUUUGCAUGACUCUAUGUAGGACUAAAAUCAUAAACUCCUUACCCUUUUCUUCGACUCUUUUAUUCUUCAUAUGCUGAACUGUAGAAUAAAGUGAGUUCAGUUCUUA